AUGAUGAUCCCAAGCGUCCUCGCGCCUCCCGCCCUGUACCCGGGGCUGUACCGGCCCGCCGCCGCGCUGCCGCUGCACCAGACCCUGCCGUCCGCCUUCCCCACGCACUCCAGCUUUUUAGUGGAGGACCUGCUGCGGAUAAGCCGCCCCACCGCCGCCGCCUUCCUAAACCGGAGCGCCCCGUCGUCCAGCGCCGCCCUGCCCACGGCCACCACCACCGUGUCCUUCAGCGGCGCGCCCGCGGAGCGCGCAGGAGCCACUGCCGCGGUGACGCGCGAAUCGUGCUCGCCCAAAACUUCACUCCCAAGCAGCAAGGACCCAACUUUCCUAAAGUUUGGAGUGAGCGCCAUCCUCGCCCCUUCACCAAAGACAGCAUCCUCACCCCCCUCAAUCCACAACCUGCCCUCCAAGACCUUCCCCGUCCCCUGCUUUGACGGAACCUUCCACCCCAUCUUCAGGACGCCUUAUCUACCAGCAUCCUCAUCCGUCGUUCCCAUCCCCGGGACCUUCUCGUGGCCUCUGGCCGCCAGAGGUAAGCCCCGCAGAGGGAUGCUGAGGAGGGCAGUGUUCUCUGACGUGCAGCGGAAAGCUUUGGAGAAAAUGUUCCAGAAACAGAAAUACAUAAGCAAACCAGACAGGAAGAAACUGGCCUCCAAGCUGGGCCUCAAAGAUUCACAGGUGAAGAUCUGGUUCCAGAACCGGCGGAUGAAGUGGCGGAACUCCAAGGAGCGGGAGCUGCUGUCCUCCGGGGGCUGCCGCGAACAGACGCUGCCCACCAAAGCGAACCCGCACCCGGACCUGAGCGACGUGGGCAAGAAGUCCUCCGCCGAGGAGGAGGAGGAGGAAGAGGAGGCGUUCAGGGCGGAGGGUCUGCGGGCGGUGGGCUCCUCUCCGUCUCUGUCCAGUAAACACUCGGACUUCUCAGAGUCAGACGAAGAAGAAAUAACAGUAUCUUAA